UGGUCCAUACCAUCUUACCCUCUACCCCCUCUAACUUUCACCUACUUCCAUAAUCCAUAUAAUAACCCCAUAACCAACUCAUCACAAAGGCAGGGAAGGUGUUAGUAAUAAGUCAUUACAUUACAUUCUCUUUUCUUUUCCUAAUUCUCAUCCACUUUUAACUUCUCCUAAUAUUAUUCCUACCAUGGGCUCUGAAGAAGCAAUCCCUCAUGUUGAUGAUCAUGAGGUUCUAGACCAAAAGGAAUACAUCUUUCACUCUAAGCUACCUGAUAUCUACAUACCAAACCAUCUUCCCCUUCACACAUAUUGUUUUGAGAACUUACAUGAGCAUGGCAAGCGCCCUUGCCUCAUCGACGGGCCAACAGGGCGCGAAUGGACCUAUGAGGAGGUUGAACAAACAUCAAGACGAGUUGGAGCUGGAUUCCAUCACAAACUUGGGUUGCAAAAAGGUCAAGUCAUCAUGCUACUCCUUCAGAAUAGCCCCGAGUUUGUGUUCUCUUUUCUCGGGGCAUCCUUUAUAGGAGUUGUUAGCACGACUGCUAACCCUUUUUGCACCCCAACCGAGAUUGAGAAGCAGGCUCGAGCCAGUGGGGCUCGAGCCAUUCUCACCCAGUCCGCUUUUGCGGACAAGGUGAAACCUUAUUGUCAAGACAAUAAUAUUCAUCUAAUCGUUGUUGAUAAUAUGUCCCUUGAUGGGUCCCAUGACGAGUACAAAUAUUUCUGGGAUCUAGUAGGGGGCCCAGGGGAGGAAGAGAAAGUACCCGAGGUUAAAAUAGUCCCUAACGACGUAGUGGCUCUACCUUAUUCAUCAGGCACCACCGGCCUACCUAAGGGUGUGAUGCUCACGCACAAGAGCCUAGUGACAAGUGUCGCGCAACAGGUGGAUGGAGAGAAUCCCAACUUAUAUUUUAACGGCGAAGACGUGAUACUAUGUGUUUUGCCCUUGUUCCAUAUAUAUUCUCUUAACUCCGUCCUACUGUGUGCCCUACGCGUAGGGGCUGCGAUUCUCAUAAUGCCUAAGUUUGAGAUAUAUAUGUUAAUGGAUUUGGUCCAAAAAUACAAAGUGACAAUUGCACCCUUUGUGCCUCCUAUUGUUUUAGCUAUUGCUAAAAACCCUGACAUGGAUAAAUACGACCUUUCAUCUGUAAGGGUAGUUUUAUCUGGUGCAGCACCCAUGGGAAAGGAUCUUGAAGAUGCUGUCAGAGCUAAACUACCCAAUGCCAAACUUGGACAGGGUUAUGGGAUGACUGAAGCGGGCCCAGUGUUAGCAAUGUGUUUGGCAUUUGCAAAAGAGUCUAUGGAAGUUAAGUCUGGGUCAUGUGGGACAGUGGUUCGAAAUGCACAGUUAAAGAUUGUUGAUCCAGACACUGGCUUUUCUUUGCCUAGGAACAAACCUGGUGAAAUUUGCAUUCGUGGUGAUCAAAUCAUGAAAGGUUACUUGAAUGACCAGGAAGCAACAGCAAACACCAUAGACAAAGAAGGAUGGUUGCACACCGGUGACAUCGGAUUUGUCGACGACGAUGACGAGAUCUUCAUUGUUGACCGGCUAAAGGAGUUGAUCAAGUACAAGGGCUUCCAAGUUGCCCCUGCUGAGCUUGAAGGCAUGCUAAUCAACCAUCCUAGUAUCCAUGAUGCUGCUGUUGUUGCGAUGCAAGAUGAGACUGCUGGUGAGGUCCCAGUUGCAUUUGUUGUGAGAUCAAAUGGUUCUCAAAUUAAUGAGGAUGAUGUUAAGCAAUUCAUUUCCAAGCAGGUGGUAUUCUACAAGAGAAUAUAUCGGGUUUUCUUUGUGGAAUCAAUUCCUAAACUUCCAUCAGGAAAAAUCUUAAGGAAAGAGCUAAGAGCAAGAUUAGCUAAUGGCAUAAUUACGAAAUAGGUUUUGACAACCAUUUAAUUAACUGCACAAUGUAAAAGAUGCCAGUAUAUAAGAAAUUGUACCAAAAGAAAUAAUUACCUUUUGGAUUUCAAGUUCUUUUUUUUUUCUUCUUUUUGUCAACAUGGAAAAAGGAAGGUGUUGGAAAUUUCAAUUAAUUACUUCUCUAUUUCUACCUCUAUCUUCUUCUUCUUUUUUUGUUGUAGUUUUCUUUAUUGUAUAUAUAUUAUGUCAUGGACAGUUUAUAUUCAGUUUUACAUUCUUAGUUUUA